AUCAGACCGGGAUAAAUAAGCUGUUUAAAUUACAACAAGCUUAAAGGAUAACAAGAUCAAAAUGGCUGCUACAACGAAAGCAGUAUCCGCUAUUCGCAACUACCUCAAAAAUUGUUCUGGUUUUGAGUCAAUACUUAAAAAUAUUAAAAUCAUAUCUGCUGGCAAUGGGACAUGUUUAGCUGAGUACAAAGUGGAACAAAAUGCAACCAACGUUCUUGGUUCAUUACAUGGUGGAUUUACGGCAACUUUGGUUGAUGCUACUUCAACUUAUGCACUGUAUUGUGAUCAGGACGAAAUUACACCUAGUGUAUCUCUUGAUAUGCACAUGACCUACAUGAAAGCUGCAAACCUUGGUGAUGAAAUUUUAAUUGAUGCUAAAACAAUGAGAGCUGGUAAAAACUUGGCAUAUCUUAGGGUGGAGGUUAAAAACAAACAAACUGGAGAUCUGCUGGCUCAAGCUUUGCACACAAGGUUUCUAUUAUCGGAAAAAUCAUAUUGAACAAGCAGUAAUUGUAAUUACUAAUCUAGAAUUCUGGAAGCGACUUUACUGAUAAUUAAAUGAUUUAAUGCAA